UUACGGCUCACCAACAAAGAAAUUCUAUGUGCAGGAGGAUCGAAGACUGGAAGUUUUCACAGUCAAAGAGGCUGUUUGGGCAAAAUGCAUGAUGAUUUAUUCCUAAAAACGCCGGACCAUUGGAGAGGAUUGCUGACCAGAAUCAGAAUUUCCCUUUGAGACUGAUGAUGUCUGAUCUCAGCCAGGUCUCCGUUUACUCUGACUCUUCUGACAUUUAUAAGAAUGUGUUCUGUAAUCCCGCGUUUGAGCUGGAGGGGGAGCAGGAGGAGCGGGUGGACGGCUUCAGAACUUCCUCAUCCACUCCUGAACCAAUCAAACCCCCAGCAGCCAGUUUUGUGGAAAUGUGCUCCAUGCGGCUCAGAGGCAGAGGUGGUGGGUGGGGGCCGGUGGUGGUCUCUGCUGCUGCCCUGCUCCUGCUAACAGCCAUUGGACUGGCACUGGCUCUUAUUCUCACUCAACUGAAAAGCCAGGCAGUGGACAAUCACCUGACAAUAACCUCUACAGGCUUACAGAGCACAGGACAUGAUGUGCCCCUCACUUCAACCGCAGCACCUUUGAACAAAAGUCACAUGGACAGCACAGCCAUACCACAGCCUGCUGUGAUCCCCCAGUCUGAAACAAGCUGUGGAGGUGUCAUGACUGACUCAGGGGGCAGUUUCAGUUCCCCAAACCACCCUGGCUCCUACCCCUCAAACUCACAUUGCAUCUGGGAGAUCCAGGUCCCACCCCCACACCUGGUUCAGAUCCGUGUUUCCUAUCUGGCGGUGGAGGGACCGUCCCCCUGUCUGUUUGACUGGUUGGAGGUUCAGCAGCAGGUCGAGCAGACCUCAGUGUUCACCAGGUUCUGUGGUAACGUCGCCCCACCAACGAUCAACACAAACAGCAGUACCGUAUGGGUCACCUUCCACUCUGACGGCAGCAUCGCCGGCACCGGCUUUGCUGCGCAAUAUAGAGCUGUCCUGCCCGCACAAAAGAGCUGCAGCAGAGAAGAGUUCAUGUGUGAUGGUGGCCAGUGCCUGCUGCCUGAGUCUGUGUGUGACGGUCAUAAAAACUGUAAUGACCAAACAGAUGAGGCAAACUGUAGCCAUAAGAACAAAGAAUGUGAUGGUCAGAAGUCUGGGCCGUAUGGUUACCUGGCAAGUCCAAAUCACCCCAGGCCUUAUCCUCACCAACAGUUGUGCGUGUGGCAUAUAUCUGUUGAUGAGGGUCAUGUCAUCACGCUAAGCUUCAGAAACUUCAGUCUGGAGACGCAGGAUGUGUGCGAGUUUGACUAUGUGGAAGUUCAUGACAGCAACAGCAUUGGAGCCGGGAGAGUUUUAGGGAGGUUUUGCGGUACUACCUUCCCACCAGACCUGACCUCCUCAGGCCCGCACAUGACAGUGGUGUUUGUGGCAGAUGAGGGCGUGGCAGACAGCGGCUUUAACGCAACAUACCAGGCGGUGUCCGUGCUGAACAGAACAUGUGGCCCGAACCAGAUCGCCUGCAGCACAGGGGAGUGCCUUCAGCAGCAGUGGCUAUGUGACGGAUGGAGCGACUGUUCAGACGGUGCUGAUGAACAGGGCUGUGCUAACUCCACCUACCCUCCUUUCACUUCGUCAUGUGAGAUCAUAGAGGUGGAGAUGUGUCAGGGCCUCAGUUACAACUUUACCUCAUUCCCCAACAUAUGGCUGUCCAUUGCUGACCAGAGGGAAGCCGCUACACUCCUGCGACAGUACCGGGUGCUAAUGGAGCUGGCUUGCUUCGAGCCUCUACGGAAGCUGGUGUGUGGGAUGUUUCUCCCUCAGUGCAGCCCUCAGGGUGGGGUCCUCCAGCCCUGCCGCUCAGUCUGCGCCUCCGCUGAGCAGCAAUGCAGCCAGGCCCUGGACCUCUUCUCCUUUAGCUGGCCUUUCAACUGCCACCUCUUACCAGAGUCACAAGACCCAGUGGAGUGUUCACAGCCUUAAAGAUUAAACUGCAACAACACAUUUACUGCUGUAAAGGGGCUGAAUAUAUUAGUAUUUUACCUAGAAAAUAACUGCAGGGUAAGGUUGCGAAGUUCUUCAGAAUUGAACCUUUGCUCUUUAUCCUUCUGGAGGUCAAGCUAAAGCUGCAUGACCCUUAACCAAGAAAUUAUUGAAUUCGUUGAGCAACGUGAGCAUGAAGACAUUUAAAGUGGUGCAACUUUAAAUAAGACCUAAAACUAAUGGUCCAAGCCUACAGAUGAAGUAAGAAACAAUUGUUAAGUGAACUGACUUUUCAGUUUCUUGCUUUAAUGUCAAUACUGUAAAAAUAAAAAAAACACUUACA